AUGGAGAUCAAGAAUGCUAAGUUUCUCACCUGCAUUGAUACCACUGUGCAUUAUCCCUCAUGUAUUCCCGUGCAGAACCUGAAGACUGACCCUGUAUUUGAAGCAUUGGAUAAGAUAUUCCGCCGCUACAACAAGGCAGGCUUUCAAGUCACAAUCAUCAAGUGUGAUCGGGCAUUCACUCCUCUCACAGAUGAUAUGCUAGACGAUAUGGGUGUUGCUAUUGACCCGACUGCAGCUGGGGACCACAAGCCUACCGCUGAGCGAAACAAUAGGACGCUGAAAGAAAGAGUCAGAGUAGCUCUUGCACGAUUACCCUACAAAGUGGUCCCAAAGGUCGUUGUACUACCCGUUACCGACCAAGUAUUCCAGUGUGUUGAAGCUUGGGCUGCUGCCGAAGGUGUUACUUCCAUGAAGUUCUUUGAUAAGAAGAGAGAUUUGGAGACAUUUCAAGAUGGCAAUCAAAUUGCAGGAGUGGAUGACACGGAACAAGACGACAAUUUGGGUGAUGAAGGCAAUGAAGAGGAAGAACCUAUUGUGGCGGAUUUGGAUCACCAUCAAGAAAAUGUCGAUAGAGGAACCGAUGAUAUUGGGAGCCUAGUUACUGAUCUGGAGGACCUACAAGAGCCGCCAGGAGAAGAGAUUGUAUUUGAGCCUGAAGAGCCUCAAGUAGCAAAAGUCACUCGAUCUGGGCAAACGUAUGCGCAAGCUGCAAUGUCUGGGCUGAACCUUUCUCAAGUUCCAAAGAGACCAAGAGAAUGGCCUGAUUAUGAAGAGCACGACGCUAUUCUGAUUGCUCCUUGCAUGAUGCAGAUCAAGGCCAAGUUUGAUACUGAUGAAGGUCUGAACUUCAUUCAACAGUAUUACAUCAAUCAAGGACUGAAGAAGUUUGGUGAUGAUGGAAAGGAUGCGGUGGAUAAGGAAUUGACACAAAUGCUCAUGAGAGAUUGUUUCACUCCCGAAUUUGUUAAAGACAUGACCGCGUCUGAGCAAAAGAAGGCACAAUCAGCAAUGAUGUUACUCGCGGAGAAGCAAUUUGAAAAGACAAUUAAAGGUCGUGAGAGGACACUGCAAGUCCAACUGCUUCACAAGAAGCAAUCACCACUACUUGUGUUAUUGAUGCACACAAAGGUAGAGAUGUAA